ACAAUCUUGCAGUUAUCUCCUCAGAGGUCCUCUGCCGUUUGGCUCGCAAUCAACUAGCAGCAAUGGUGACUUUGGACAUAUCCAAUGCCUACGAUAAUAUAAAUGUUGACUUAUUGACCUCGGUGUUGGCCAAAAUUGGAAUCGCCAGAGAUUUGACUUUGCUCAUUAAAGAUUUUCUCACGAACAGGAAGAUACAAGUUAAAGAUCCAUCUACUAAUACAUUCGUGUCAGGCAGAACCACUAGCAAGGGAGUUCCCCAAGGUUCCCCUCUUUCUCCAUUACUAUUUAAUAUUUACAUCAAUUCAAUCAAUGAAACAAUUCCUGAGAACAUAAGACUUUUACAGUUUGCGGACGAUACCGCCUUGCUGAGUACUGGGACUGAUGCCGAAACAAUAGUGAACAAUUUGAAUAGAACUUUGCAAAAUAUACAUAUUUGGUCUUUGAAUGUAGGACUUGAGAUUAACCCCAAUAAAUCUGCAGCUAUAUUUUUUUCCAGGAAGAAUGACAAGGUUAAUUAUCUCCCCAGACUUCACCUCAACACUCGAACCAUUGCAUGGACAAAUUCCAUCACAUAUCUAGGAGUGAUUUUUGAUCCAAAACUGUCAUGGGAGCCACAAAUUAGAAAUAUGAUACAGAAAGCUUCAGGUGGGUUGAAUAUGAUGCGAUUUAUAAGUAGAAUCUGGUGGGGGGCACAUCCCUCUACCCUUCUAACUUUUUACAAAGCUUAUGUUAGACCCCAUUUGGAUUAUGGAGCCUCUUUUUUGGGUGGUAGCUCAAGAAAGUCUAUUGCUCAACUUAACAAAAUUCAAUUUGAGGCACUGAGAAUAGCUCUGGGAUAUAUGAAGUCCACACCUACUAACAUACUUCUAGGGGAAGCAAGUGAAAUGGAUUUAGAACACAGAAGAUACAUGCUAGCGACUAAAUCAUUAUUGAAAGCUGCCAGUUUAGUGGACAGUGAAACCUUAGCUGCGGUUAGAUGGUUAUAUAUCACCUAUAAUGAAAACUAUUACUUUUUUCGGAAAAAGAGUAUUCCUGCACUUGUGGAUGCUUUUGAAAGAGUUGAUUCACUGUUAGAUACACUUUACAGGAGCCCAGUUUAUCCCUGUUUUUCUUGCCCACUGCCGAACCUUUUAAGCUCUGUUCAAAUCCAAGACUUAAAACUAAAGAAAGAUAAUAAUAACUCCAAAUUAUUUGAAAUUAAGAAGAGCGAGACUUGGACCCCAGAUUUUCAUUUAAUUUUUACAGACGCCUCAAAAGAUAAAGAAGGCCGAGUAGGUUUUGGCGUUUACAACUACAAUACGAACCUUAAAAUGGGACAAGGCCUACCAAGUGAACUAUCCAUUUGCUCUGCCGAGAUUUAUGCUAUUGGUCAAGCUCUUGAUUGGAUUGAAUUCAAGGACAUCAACAAAGCAGUCAUCCUUUCAGACUCCAAAAGUGCCCUCGAAGAUAUCAAUAAAACUGGGAUGGAUGCAAAGUCUAACUACCUAACCUUGCAGGUUAAGAAUAAACUAUUUACCUUAAUAAAAACGCAAAAUAAGGACAUCCAAUUAUGCUGGAUACCAAGCCAUACCAGUAUAAAAGAAAACGAUAUUGCGGAUCAGAUCGCCAAUGCUGCACGCCUCGAACCACAGGAAAAUAUAAAAUUGAGCUUUAGGGAAUUCUUCCCUAAAUUAAAGCAUAACAUCUGGAAUGCUUGGAGCGACAGAUGGAAACAUAUAGGAUUAGGGAAAGGAGUUAAUUUCACCUCACAUUAUUCUACUCCGCCAACUAAACCCUGGUUUCAUAAGCUCGACCUGAAUAGAAGAGAAAUUACAACUAUGUGUAGACUGAGAAGCAACCAUUGCUGUUCUCCGGCUCACCUAAAUAGAAUCAAAGUCAAACUCUCCGGAGACUGUGAAUGUGGAGAACUGGGCGAUUUAAGUCAUGUGCUGUUUGAUUGUGCUCUUCAUUGGGAAAAAUCACAACAGUUGUAUGAGUCACUCAUUAGUGCUAAUUUUCCUUCGCCUCUGCAUAUUAAUUCCAUUUUAUUUCACCGCACUCAGUUGGAUUUUGCUGCUAGAAUUGUUUGCCGAUUUUUAGAUGCAUGUGGAUUAAAACUUUGAAUAUUGUUUUCACAUAUUCUAAUUCUUUCGUCCAUUUUUUUUCCCUGUAUAGCCGUCCAGUAGGAUGAUGGUAUCACCCAGACCCUCUUUACGGAGGCAUCCUUCAUGGAAAUAGUUUAUUGCACACCACUACCGUGAAGCUGGCCGAAUUGCCUUAGCAGCAGUGGCUAAAUAAAGCGUAAAUAAAAAAAAAAAAAAAAAAAAAAACCUCUCCAAAAAGCAACAAGUGUGAAUAAAUGAAAGCAAGGGACAAGAAUAGAAAUUGUCGUUACUUCGGAAAUAAGAAGGAAUACAGGACGAUCGUCUCGUGCAAUCCAACCGCAUUCCGCAGACAUGCAAACCACACCAAGCAAUUAAACAGUUACCGUGUGUUCGAACAGAAUAAAGUAGCAAUACCAGUAGUUUUGAGGAUUAAGACAGUGUGUAAUUGUGAGAAUAAAACAUUUAAUAGGUAGUCUCCGAGUAUUAUUAACCUACAUGUGAGACACAUAAGUCGAAGUAGCCAAUGACAAAUUGAACCCGUUACACUCCCCCUCUUCUUCGGAAGGAGGUUUAAUUUCAUAGAAAAGUAAACCGACGACAACCGUAAAGCAAACCAGGCCAAACUAGGACGCAAAACUCAAAACCAGAUGUGAACAAUGACUCCCCAAGAAUCACUAAAACAAUACUAGUAAAAACCCGAAAUAAAGAAGACCAGUCCAAUGAGACAUCUGGGCACACCCAGAAGGGAGCAACAUCCAAAGAGUAAAAUGACUUACAACUCUUGAUGAAAAAUGGAUGUUAGCCAGCAUUGCGUUACCACCAACCAAGACGGGGGAACCUCGUUUACUGGCCCCCUACAGACUGUAACCAAAUGCAGCAUCAAACCCGCCAAAAUCCACCGGCACUCGUACCAAUUGAAUAUGCUCAAAGGGCGGAAAACCAAAGAAAAUCCCAACCCCGUUAAAGAAAAAUCUGAAGAAAGAAAAAAAAAACAAGUAACCCGCUCUGCGAUUUGGGGCGAAGUUGGGUUUUCCUACACAGCAAAAACAAGCCCAUAAACCUUUGACUCAUUGACUGUGUUAGACAAAGUAUCUCUAAAUCUUCUAAAAGAAGGGAUAGCCAACUCAGAACACAACAAAAAAGAAACCAAGACUCAAGCAAAAAUUGAAAUACACUAUGGGCAAUUGUUUUCUAAAGAAAAACAAGAAUUGCCUUACAACAAAUGGAAACCUUGAUUUCACCAUUCGUGAUGAGAGUGAACAACAGAUAUUCCGAGGUUUCGAACAACUUGAGCACCUUUGUAACUUUUUAGAAAAAUCCAAUGUAAAUCCCUCACUACUUACAUGUUGGAAUCAAGGAACCUUGAUAAACUGCUAUAACUGCAUUGCAAAGGAAACUCUUCAGAACUUAUUAAAGAAAUCUAAAAUUGCUGAAAUGGUUUCAGACAAUGAGAUAGAACCAGCAGGUCAACCACCUAAUGCUGACAUCGUCAUCAUCGUUCUAAUGUUAAUAUCCAUUGUAUUUGCUUUUAUUUACAUCAACCUUCUUAGGACUGGCAAAACAAAAAAUCCUUAUAUUCCUACAAUAAUACUUUUUGUCCUGCCUUUGAUAAUACUCACAGAUAUUGUAGUAAAAUUGCUAAAAGUGUGAAACUAAUACUGC